CUGCUCGCCCCCCCCAGCCCCCCGAGCACGAAGAGGGGGGGCCCGGACGACCCCCCCAAGACGCCGAGGCCACUCAGAUGGAGCUGUCACCUGCCCCCACCAUCACGUCGCUGUCCCCAGAGCGGGCGGAGGACUCGGACGCGCUGACGGCCGUGAGCAGCCAGCUGGAGGGGUCCCCCAUGGACACCUCGAGUUUGGCUUCCUGCACCUUGGAAGAGUCUGGGGGGGCUCCCCCUGCCCCAACAGCCCCCCAAAACCCUCCUGGAACCCCCCAAGGACCCCCUCCCGCCCCCCCCGACACCGCUCAGCCUCCGGACGAUAGCUCCCCCCCGGCCUCAUCCUCGGAGAGUUCGUCCACCCGGGACUCGGCCGGGGCCAUUUCCGGCGCCGACUCGCGGGGGAUCCUGGAGGAGCCUCUGCCCUCCACCAGCAGCGAGGAGGAGGAUCCGCUGGCCG